AAAAAAAAAAAAAAAAGUUUGCGUGACGGUGUUGUAUCAUAGAACUCCAUUUCCCACAAUGCAUUGCUUCCUCGGUAAACACACUCCUACACACCGAUCAGUCAGGAAGCCCAGAGCUGCGUCGCCACACGGAUCAGCUGAAAAUGAGCGAGAGCGCAGAGGAGGACGGGGUGCGAGUGGACUCCAUCUAUUCUCAGGUGGUGUUUAUUGAUGUGCCUCGCUCCUAUCCACUCCACUCUGAUGUGACCUGCAGUUACAAGCUGACAGGAGGCCUGAUACCCAACCCUAAAGACUGGAUAGGCAUAUACAAGGUUGGCUGGGAUUCAGCCCAUAAAUAUCAUUGCUAUGAAUGGACAAAGCCUUGUUUGGACUGUAAAGGACUUGAGCCCCCUAAACAGCAAAUUUUCUUUAAGGAAUGCUACCUCCCUAAGGAUGAUGGUGAGUUUUAUCAGUUCUGCUAUGUGGACAGCAAUGGUCAGGUGCGAGGAGCGAGCACACCAUUCUGCUUCCAAAACCCAGCAGAAACAAGCACAGACUGCAGCCUUUUAGUGAUUUCAACACAGGAGCAAGUGGAGCAGAUGGAAAAGGAAAAAGAGGCCUUACUGACUGAGACGGAACAAUUAAAAGAAGGGAAAGCAAUUUUAAAAAAUGAGCUGGAUGAAAGACUGCGAGAGAUUCACCGCCUCAGGAUGUGCAUUGAUAAGCUGAAGUCUAAUCGUACAAGUGAAACAUUCCCACUAAAAGAGCAGCCUGAAAGUCCGGCGCAGGAUACCCUAGAGCAGCCUUUUCUCUCUGACACUGUGGCAGAAACCAAACCAGAGCAAGAGUCACUGACCCCUCACCAUGAGAAGUAUGAGAAAGCAUUGCAGAAGAUUUCCUUUCUGAAGCAAGAGAUUGCCCAGCUCGAACAACAGGUCAAGGAGAAGGAUGCAGAGAUUUCAGAGCUGAGGCCCAGGGCCAAAAAGGCAGAACAGGACUAUAACAGAUUACAAGAUCAGUUCCAACUUCAACAGGUUGAUAUGCAAAGUGUUCAGAAAGACAAAGAAAGGUUCUAUGCUGAAAAAGAGGCACAGAAGCAGGACCUGGAGAGACUGCAGGAAGAGAAUAAGGCCUUACAUGCAGCUUUGUCCAAGCAAGGGCCUCCGGAGGGGGACAAAAGUGACACAAAGAUGCAGAUUCUGACCCUGACCAAUGAGCUUACAGAAGUCCGAGGGGCACUUCGCAAAGAGAUCCUGAACAGCAGCGAGGCUAACAAACGUGCAGAUAAAGCAGAGCUAGAGUUGAAAGAACUUAAGAUGCAGCUUGAGAAAAGAACUGUGACUGAGGAAAGCCAGAUAGAGAUGGAGCUUGCUGAAGCUCGUAGGAGAAUCAGCGAACAGGCAAACAUAGCAGACGUGGCACGCCUAGAAAAAGAAAAGCUGUCUGAGGAAAACAAGAAACUCAAAGGUGAUAUAGAAAGGUUACAGAUGAUGAUAUAUGAGCUCUCCUCAGGAGCACAUGUGAGCAACACUCAGCAGCAACAAAACCCUCUCAGUCCAGUACCUGCAUCUCCUGUCAACACCCAGCAGCAACCACAGUCAGACUCGCAUUACUAUGACGACAUCCGUGGACCUUUUGGAAAUCCUGAUAAUGCAGGAAACAAGGCAAAGGUGUGCCGUCAUUGCCAAGAGAGCUUUCCUGAUAUCACUGAAGAUGAACUGGUGAUACACGAGCAGUCUCACAAGGUGUGCCCUUUCUGCACCCUCAUCUGUGAUGACUGUGGACAGCAGGAGUUUGAAGACCAUGUCUACAGCCAUGAGGAAUAGAUAUACCACCUAUAUUCUCUUAUAUCUGCAUGAAUAACCCAAAGACAUUGCACUAUAAAAGAUUUAGUACUUCUAAACAUUUCUGACUACUUGAAAAUAUUACUGUAAUAUUUAUCUUUUGUCUUUCAAACCUGUACAUGGUAUAAAAUGUAGAAAAUAUACUCUUAGAAAAAAAGGUUUCCUACAAGGUUCUUGGAUAGUUUGGGGCAGGGCUUUUGCUAGUGGGGUGAAAGGGUGGUAAUAGUUCUAGUGGCACACAGACCUAGAGACCUUACUCGAGUUGGCAUGCCAUUAAAAAAUAAACUUUUGUUCCAUAAAAGCUGGCUUGGAUUAUGAGAGCUUUCUAACAAUGAUAUUUCAGUAUAACUCUAUGGCCAAUGUGUCACAGCAUUUAACUCAUUUAACCAAACCAAAAAAUUUACUGAUUUGUGCUGUACAAAAAUAGGCUGUCCGAUCUACAUAUUUAACACAUUGUGACACCCCUCUCAGCCACUCACUUACAUUAAUAUAUAUUACUUUAAUACCUCAAAAACUAAACCAUCACAAACAAUAUUUUUGGUAUAAAUCUGUACAAACAAUUGACAAGUUUUAUUCCAUUUCUGGGAAGCCAGAUUUACAGAGUUUGGGCCCAAAAAUACAAAUUUAAUGUUCACACAACACAAUAUGAAAUUAAACAAGGUUUCAGGCCCAGGACAGUAUUGUUUCAGGGGGGCCCAGUAUUCCUACACCCCUGGUUAAUGGUUCUACCUAAAACCUUAUCUCAUAGGGAAGCACACUUGUAGGGUUCUAAACAGAAACUUUAAAUAUUCUAGAUUAAUCUAGGACCAUUAGGGUUCUACAUUUUACCUGUAACUGUGGAACAUCUGUGAUCAAACCUGUGAUUUUGGAGUUGUCAUAAUAAAUGUCUUUAUCAUG